GCAUGAAGGCCACAAAGCAGGUACCUACAAGGCUACAUAAAAACAGAAAUGUAAGGUUCAGUGUGACGCCGUAUUUGAUGUUGAUUCCCGACUGUGAUUGACUCAAUUAGUGUAUUUUUUGCUUCAUGUCCACGAAUUGAAAGUAAGCUUCGUAAAUAUGGAUCACAAAUUGGAUUUAGUUGUGUUUGGUGCUACUGGUUUUACUGGUAAACGCACCAUUCCCUACCUACACAAACUAUGCGAAGAAGAUGGUAGGCAAUUAAAAUGGGGAAUUGCGGGACGGUCUGAGGAAAAACUGAAGAGGGUGUUAGGCGAAUACGCCCAAAAGCUCGGCGCGGAUUCCUUGAACUCAACUCCCAUCAUCAUUGCGGAUGUUGCUGACGAGCUUUCGAUACUGGCAAUGGCUCAAAAAACAAAGAUCGUACUUAACUGCUGCGGGCCCUACCAACUUUAUGGGGAAGUUGUGGUAAAGUGCUGUGCCAUGACUGGCACGCAUUACGUAGAUGUAACAGGGGAAACACAUUUCCAAGACAUUAUGUUAUCACGGUAUGGCAAUACUGCAGAAGAAAAAGGUGUUUACAUAGUCCACGGGUGUGGAAUGGACAGUAUGGGUGUCGAAAUGCCAAUGAAUUUUAUAACAAAGAGUUUCCAAGGUGUUUUGAAUUCUGUAGAAAUUUUUAUGCAUAGACUUGAGGAUCAAACCGGAACUGGAUCUGCUCUCAAUUUCGGUACUUGGUCCAGCAUUGUGCAUGCCCUUAGUGAUUUGAAGUCUGUGUGGGCUUCUAAACGGGCCACUUCUCUACCAAAAAUGUCACCAUCUUGCUCUUUACGGUUCCCGUUCAGCAGAAAUGCAAGCAUUGGUAUUCCAAACAAAAGGAUCCUUCCAUUUCCAUCUCCAGACGAAGACGUAAUCAUCCGCUCCCAGAGCUACUUCUACGAAAAUGGCGGGAAGAGACCUAUCCAGGUCCGCCACUACCUUCUAUUAGAGUCAUGGAAAAGUAUUCUGAAGCUACUGUUUAUUGGAUUGAUAAUGAUUAUUUUCAGUCAGUGUAGUUGUGGUAGAAAAUUACUGCUGAAAUAUCCAAAAGUAUUCUCUGGAGGCUAUUUUGAUCACGAAUCUCCUAGUGAAGAAGUGAUCGAAAACACAACAGUCUGCAUGUAUUUGUAUGGGAAAGGUUGGAGCGAUAAGAAAGAUAUCCAAUUUAAUCAACCGCCCAAUAAAAGUAUUUUAGGCAAAAUUGAUAUUGUUAAUCCAGCCUAUGGCUUCACUUGUUUAGCUGUGGUACUCUCGGCAAUUAUCAUAUUAACUGAACCUUCAAAGUUGCCUAAGAAGGGAGGUGUGUACACGCCUGCAGUUGCUUUCUUCCAUACAUCAAUGGUGGAAGCAUUACAGAAAAAUGGGGUUCCAUUGGAGAUAUUAUCUGUGAAUGAUUUGUAAUAGUAUUCGUGUUGCAUAUUUGGGGGAGGGAUGUAAUUAAAGAGUAUUUUUUAUUUCACACAAAAUGCGUACCAUCAGUGG